UUGGAUGCCGCGGAGCCCGAGAGGCGGCGGCGGCGAGUUGGGGGGGGAGGGGGUCGCGACCCGGCUGAGCGGCGCCAGCAGCGCGACAGUCGGCCCGCGAGCAGGGGGGAGGGGACCGAUCCCCGGGGCCCGACCGGCCCGCAGGAGCUUCCGCGUUGGAGCUUUCUGAAGCAUGAGGAGAGCCCCCCGCCAGUGACCGAAACAUGGCUGACAAGAGGAAAUUGCAAGGUGAGAUCGAUCGGUGUCUGAAGAAGGUCUCCGAGGGGGUGGAACAGUUUGAGGAUAUUUGGCAGAAGCUCCACAAUGCAGCAAACGCCAACCAGAAGGAGAAGUAUGAAGCUGACCUGAAGAAGGAGAUCAAGAAGCUCCAGAGGCUGAGGGACCAGAUCAAGACGUGGGUAGCUUCAAACGAGAUCAAGGACAAGAGGCAGCUGAUAGACAACCGGAAACUCAUUGAGACGCAAAUGGAGCGGUUCAAGGUGGUGGAGCGGGAGACCAAGACCAAAGCCUACUCCAAGGAGGGGCUGGGCCUGGCGCAGAAAGUCGACCCUGCCCAGAAGGAGAAGGAAGAGGUCGGCCAGUGGUUAACGAACACCAUCGACACGCUGAACAUGCAGGUGGAUCAGUUUGAGAGCGAGGUGGAGUCACUCUCUGUGCAGACACGCAAGAAGAAGGGGGACAAGGAUAAGCAGGACCGGAUCGAGGGGCUGAAGCGGCACAUCGAAAAGCACCGGUACCACAUCCGCAUGCUGGAGACCAUCCUGCGCAUGCUGGACAAUGACUCCAUCCAGGUGGACUCAAUCCGCAAGAUCAAGGACGACGUGGAGUAUUACGUGGACUCCUCGCAGGACCCCGACUUCGAGGAGAACGAGUUUCUCUACGAUGACCUCGACUUAGAAGACAUUCCGCAGGCUCUGGUAGCCACCUCCCCGCCCAGCCACAGCCAUCUGGAGGACGAGAUCUUCAACCAGUCCAGCAGCACUCCCACCUCCACCACCUCCAGCUCGCCCAUUCCGCCCAGCCCUGCCAACUGCACGACGGAGAAUUCGGAAGAUGACAAGAAGAGGGGGCGGUCGACAGACAGCGAGGUCAGUCAGUCUCCCGCGAAGAACGGUUCGAAAAGCGUCCACAACAACCACCCCCCGCCCUCGCCGGCCGUCACACCCAGCUACCAGCUGGGCAGCAGCUCCAGCACCUCUUCCUCGCUGGGCAACGGCCCGGGCUCCAGCAGCAACGGAGCCGUGUCCAACAGCAGCGGGAGCGGUGGGGCCAAGGCCAUCCCAGUCGCCGGCCACACGCCCAGCACCCCCACCCCCUACGCCCAGGCCGUCGCGCCCCCGCCCCCCGGUGCCAACGCCUCGCAGCCCCGGCCUCCCAGCGCCCAGCAGAACGCCAGCAAGCAGAACGGGGCCACCAGUGAGUGCCGGGAGGAGGCACGGUUCAAGGGUUACAGCUCUGUGGUGGCUGACAGCACAUCGGACUCCGUUCUCGGCAGCAGCGGCCCAGCGCUCCCCAGCCAGCCAGUGGCCCACAACCCGCCCAGCAGCGCUGCGAAAGAGCCCAGCGGAGCCCCUGCGCCCCCCAGUGCCAGCUCUGGCCUGCUAGUCCCCAUGACGGUGAAUACCCCAAGCUCCCCGACCCCGUCCUUCUCCGAAGCCAAGCCGAGCCAGCCAUUGCUCAACGGGCCGCCCCAGUUCAGCUCCACGCCAGAAAUCAAGGCACCCGAGCCCCUGAGCAGCUUGAAAUCCAUGGCAGAGCGGGCAGCCAUUGGAUCCAGUAUAGAGGACCCAGUGCCAUCUCUCCACCUGGCUGAAAGGGCAGACAUUUUAAUUAGUAGUACGACCUCGCAGCCGGCCUCCAGCCAGCCGCCUAUCCAGCUGUCGGAGGUGAACAUCCCUCUCUCCCUGGGGGUCUGCCCCCUGGGACCGGUGCCCCUCACCAAGGAGCAGCUCUACCAGCAGGCCAUGGAGGAGGCAGCCUGGCAUCACAUGCCUCACCCCUCGGACUCAGAGAGGAUCCGGCAGUACCUGCCCCGGAACCCCUGCCCGACCCCCCCUUACCACCACCAGAUGCCUCCACUGCACUCGGACACCGUGGAGUUCUACCAGCGGCUCUCGACGGAGACGCUCUUCUUCAUCUUCUACUAUCUGGAGGUACAGAAGGGCCCCCUCUGCAGGCUAGAGCGCUCUAUAGUCCCGCCCUGUCUGGCCGCCGCUGCCGCCUUUCCCUCGGGCAGGAGGGGCGAGGGUACCAAGGCGCAGUACCUGGCGGCCAAAGCCCUGAAGAAGCAGUCGUGGCGGUUCCACACCAAGUACAUGAUGUGGUUCCAGCGGCACGAGGAGCCCAAGACCAUCACGGAUGAGUUUGAGCAGGGCACGUACAUCUACUUCGACUAUGAGAAAUGGGGCCAGCGGAAGAAGGAAGGGUUCACUUUCGAGUACCGGUAUCUAGAAGACCGUGACCUGCAGUGACGCCUGCUCACCCCCCAGGGGGCGCCAGCCUUCCAGAGUCACGCGUGCGGGACAUUGGGGUGUGGGGGAGGGAAGGAGAGGCCAAGCUCACCUCCCCCACCCCCAUUCCACCUCCCCCACCCAACCCCCCCCCAGGCGGGGGCCCCCUCCGGCCAUCUGAACCCUUUAAAUGCAUGCAGUUUUAAAAGAUGUGGGUGGGGGGGCUGUGGCUGUGAAGGGAGGGGACUCAGCCAUUCCCCAGCCCCCCUUCCUGGGUGAGUGUUGGCGGGGGGGCGGGCAGAGGGACAUGCGCAGGCAAAAAAAAAAGUGAACAAAGAUGAUCUUGGAGGAGGAGUGUUGCAGGAGGGGAAUGAAAUCAUUUGGCUUUUAAAAAAAAAAAAAAAAAAAAUUAAAGCAGCAAAAAAUCCAGCAGAAUUAUUGUUACCCCCACACACACACACAAAUUCCUCCGGGGGGGGGGGGGGCCCAAACCCCACCUCCCCCUCAGUUCUCCCCCUCCCAUUUUUCGUCUCCUCCCCACUCCCAUGAGAUCCAGCCCCAGAGCAGAUCGGCUGGGUUUUCCUUGGGGGAGGGACGGACAGGAAUUCAAAAGGGGAGGCUGUUUUUCUGAUUGCUUUUCCCCCCUUCUCCCGAGGUGCUAUGCAGCCGCUGAGGGCCGGGUGUUUAAAAUAUUUUUCGUAACCCUAUUUUCAUUUUGGAAAAUAUUUAUGAAUAAAUAGUUUUAUAUGA